AAGUGCACAUGUUCUUCAUUGUUCGUCUUCUUCCUUUCGAUUCAACUAUUGUUCGGUUGUUUGUAUUUUGCUUUCCGGGAAAAUCUUCGAAGAAAUCGGUUCAGCUCUCAGUUUUAAUCUGCAGGUUUCUGGAAUUUGUGAGCUUUACAUCAUUUUUCCAUCCAUUUCCCCUCCCUUUUUCGAAAUCUUCGACUUCGUUUUGCCCUCCGAUUUGUAACCAAUGGAGAUGGAGAUGGAGUUGGAGUUGGAAGGUUCGUAUUCGCACGCUUUGUAUUCCAUUUCCCGCGUAUCGCUCACCGAGGAUGGAAGAACUCCGCGGUUUUCGAUAAAACCAUUACGAAGUCCGCAGCGAAUAUCUAAACCUACGCCCUUUUAAGUUUUCUUUAGGGUUUCAUUAAUUUCAUAGGUUUUGGAUGUGUUUUGGUCUGAAAUUUCGAAGAUUCUAUCUCGAAUCUGAGAAUAUUUGUUGAAUUGUGUUCAAUUUGAAAAUUGGUUGUUCCUGUCGUUGAGACUACUCGAAGUUUUCAUGGUCGAUGAAAUAUUUCUUUUCGAUUGUAUGUGCUUUAGGGUUUCAUAUGGCUCUCAUAAGCUGUAGUUUCUCUUCGAAUCCCUCAAUCCCAACUUGUUAGCUCCAAAAAAAAAAAAAAAAGCUGUUGUUUCUAUUUCUCCACUCUUUUUUGAGGAACUUUUGAAUCUUUAAAUUGAAUCCAAGCUCUUCAGCGAGAGUUAUUGGAUGGCUAGAAGGAUGGAGUUGGGGUUCCCGAAGUCUGCUUCAUACAGUCUUCGAGAACAAGCUGCUAGAACGAUUCUACGCAAUGUAAGGUCACAAGGGCACUCAUACGUUGAGCUGCGAGAAGAUGGGAAAAGGUUUAUUUUCUUCUGCACUUUGUGUCUUGCACCAUGUUAUAGUGAUUCAGUGCUCUUUAACCACCUGAAGGGCACUCUUCACACUGAAAGACUGUCUGCUGCUAAGCUCACACUCUUAGGACCAAAUCCGUGGCCUUUUGAUGAUGGUGUUCUUUUCUUCCAUAAGCCAGUUGAAGGAGAUAACCAGGUUCGGAGUUUAAAUGACAAUCAGGAAAGGUUGUUGGAGUAUCACAACAAUGAUAACAAUCUUGCUAUUGUCAGCUAUGUUGAUCAUUCUAAAGGAAAUGGCAAUGGCCAUGGUGAAUUUAAUGGAAAUGUGCGGAACGUGGAAGAUUGUUCCUUCGAGAAUUUGGACGACAGUGGAGACAAUGGUCCUUUGGUGAUUCCUGGUGUACUGAUUAAGGAUGAAAUUUCUGAUAUAAGGGUGAGGGAGUUGGGUUAUGGACAAAUUGCUGCAAGGUUUACUGAGAAGGAUGGGAUCCUAUGUGGGAUUAGCAGAAUAUGGUGUGAAUGGCUGGGAAAAGUAAAUGCCGGGCUCGAGAAUAAGGUCAAAGUUCCUGUACAUGACUUUGCUAUUGUUACUUUCACUUACAAUGUUGAUUUAGGUAGAAAGGGCUUGCUCGAUGAUGUCAAGUUAUUGCUCUCGUCAAGUACCGGAGCUGAACCAGAGACUGAUGAGAACUCUAGAGUGAAACGAAAGAAAUGUUUCUCUGAUUCUGAGGAUGUUAGUCAGUCUAUGAGCCAUCAAUAUGAUUCGUCAGUCAUGUUGAACAAGUCAGUAAAGCGUGAGCUGAAAAGGCAACAGCGUUUAGCUUCAGAGCGGAUGUGUGAUAUCUGUCAACAGAAGAUACUUACUCAUAAAGAUGUAGCAACACUCUUGAACAUGAAAACUGGAAGACUUGCCUGCAGUAGUAGAAAUGUUAAUGGGGUGUUUCAUGUAUUUCAUACCUCUUGCCUUAUACACUGGAUACUUCUCUGUGAGUAUGAGAUGAGUGUGAAGAAUCUUGGUGGUUCAAAAGUUAGACGGAGGUACAGGAGAAAGAACAAGACUAAGGGCAACAAAUACAGCAAGAACGGCGAAACGAGACAAAUAAAAACUCAAAUUGAUUCUGUUUUCUGCCCUGCUUGUCAAGGUACCGGUAUAAUUGUUGAUGGGGAUGACCUAGAGAAACCAACUAUCCCUCUUUCUGAGAUCUUUAAAUACAAAAUAAAGGUGAGCGAUGCCCGAAGAGCAUGGAUGAAAAGCCCUGAGGUUCUGCAGAAUUGUUCGACAGGUUUCCAUUUCCCUUACCAAUCUGAAGAAACUCUACAGGAAAAUAUGAAGCAUCUCAAGUUGGUGCAUUUUUAUGGAGCUUUUGUAUAGGAAGUACCAUCAAAAUCGUCGAGGUCGGAACAGUAGUAGGCUUCGCGUACAGUAGGUCUUACUUUCUUCAUAGCUGCUGGACAAACUUUUGUUGAACAUUGUGAUGGUCAUUGUAAAUGAAAGGUCCACAAGUCUCGUAAAUAAUAUGAAGGUGGAAGGGCGUGGAGUAUCUUUAUAUAUAGAUUGGUUCUUCACCGUUCUGCUCUCUGUUGGUCAGACUUCAUUGUAUGUAUAUUACUGGAUCACAUCAAAUCAGGCAUGCCAAUGUAGAAGAAUUUAAUGCUUAUUUGUCCA